GCCAUGGAGAACACCCUCACCUGCAGCCAUGCCACCUUUUCUCAGGUGUUUGGACGCCAGGGACAGCUCAUGCAAGCCACCGUCCAGUCUCUGAACAACCUGAAUGACCAGAUUGCUCAGUUUAUGGUGACCCGACCAUGUAGCAUGGCUAACGAGGACGAGGCCUUCAUGCCAGGAGAGAGGGACACCUUGAGGAAGUCGAUGACCAUGAUGAGACACCUGCUUGCGGAUGCUCAGGGGAAAAUCCUUAAAAUGAUGGAAGACAACAAACAGCUGGCACAGAGGAUUGAUGGGGCUAUCCAGUCUGCCAGUCAGGAAGUGACAAACCUCCGCUCAGAGCUUUCUGCCACCAGCCAUAGACUGGCAGAGCUGGGCGCCAGCAGCCCCCCCGCUUUGGAGAACCACCACCAGCACAAUCACCAUGAUGACAGCAUCCACUAUCGGGAUUCAUCUGUGCAUCACAGACAAAAGACAGUAGUAACAGACAUGUGCUAUCCAACAGAGAUAUCCAGCCUGAUGGACUUUGGCACUCCAGACUGCUCGCUAGGCAAAGUGUUGCUUCGUGAAGAAGUGGUACAGCUUCAAGAGGAGGUUCACCUGUUGAGGCAAAUGAAAGACAUGUUGAGUAAGGACCUGGAGGAGACCCAAGGAGGCUGCUCUGCCAAUCUGCUCUCUGCUACUGAGCUCCGUGUGCAGCUGGGUGACAAGGAGCAGGAGCUGGACCGAGCCAAGGAGGCCUUACAAGCCAUGAAAGCUGAUCGUAAGCGUCUAAAAGUGGAGAAAGCAGACUUGGUGAGUCAGAUGCAGCAGUUGUACACAACACUGGAGAACAGAGAGGAGCAGCUGCGAGAAUUCAUACGCAACUAUGACCAGCACAGAAAGGAGAGUGAGGAUGCGGUGAAAGUAUUGGCGAAGGAGAAGGACAUGCUGGAGAGGGAGAAGUGGGACCUGAGGAGGCAGACCAAAGAAGCCACAGAGCAGGCCAACAUCCUGCGCUCCCAGAUGGACAUGAAGGAGAACAGGAUUAAAGAACUGGAGGCUGAGCUCACUAUGGCAAAGCAGUCUUUAGCCACUCUGACAAAAGAUGUACCCAAACGCCACUCACUGGCCAUGCCAACAGAGCCCAUGGUGAAUGGCAGUCAGGAGUGGGUGAUGCAAGCUGAUCUGCCGCUCACAGCCGCCAUCCGCCAAAGCCAACAGACCCUGUAUCAUGGACAUGGCACAGACAGACAGGCUGUGGUCAGGAUCAGCCCCUGUCACUCUCGCCAACCCUCUGUGAUCUCUGAUGCCUCAGCGGCUGAUGGGGACCGCUCGUCCACGCCCAGUGACAUCAACUCACCUCGACAUCGGACGCACUCCCUCUGCAAUUCCAUGGAGGACCUGGAAGACCAGAAGCGUAAGAAGAAGAAGGAAAAGAUGACUCUGGGAUCUCUAUCACGGGUGUUCACUCGGGGCAAACAGCGCAAGUCACUGGACCCCGGCUUGUUUGAUGGUACAGCCACCCCUGAUUAUUACAUAGAGGAGGAUGCCGACUGGUGAAGCUGAGUGUGAGAGUGUGUGUGUGUGUGUGUGUGUGUGUGUGUGCUUAUUUUGUGUGGACAUCAAAAUUGCUUUAACCAUGUGUGAAGACUGUUUUGUUUGAAAGAAGAGGUGGUGGAUUUUAUGGAAAAGCCCUAAAAUAAAAAAGACUGCUAUUCCCAUAAAUGUACAGUAAAUUGCUCUAAGAUUGUAUGUUUGUAAAUUAGAUAUAUAUUUAUAGUUGUACAUGUAUGCAUAUGUAUAUAUGUUUACAUGCAUAUAAAUAUAUAUAUGAGGUUAUUACAAUGUGUAGACACGUUUAUGAUGUAUUAUCUUAAAAAUGUCUUUAUGUAUUAUGUUUUUUAUAACUGGAGACUUGAAGGACUGAUGUUCAUAUGUACAUAGGAGCUAUUGUGAAACUAGUGUUUUACUGUAAAUGUCAUUUAGUUUUUGUUACUCUACACUUGCUUUUUUUCAUGGCAACAUUGAUUUUUAAGUUUUUUUCUUGCUCCCAGCCUCUUGGGCCUAUGUCUUAAAAUGAGAAAAGGGAUAUUAUCUGAUUAAUUUAAAGACUUAUUAGAAAUACUGCUGUUACAAGACUGCCAUCACAAUUAUAAAAAUGCUGACUGACAGUAUCUGUUAAAAUACUGCUGUGAACAGCAGAGAUGUUUUUCUGAAGACAUUUUAUUAAAAGAGAAAGAAAGAAAAAAAAGAGUGGCUGACCAGCACAGGUUUUAGAGUCAGUCUUCCCUAGAAAAUUUGACAGCACAGAUUUAAACAGACAACCAAAAAGAUGUUUGAAAAUUAGCAGUGAUGCUUAUUCAACCCCACCCCUUGUCUGGUGUAAAACCACGUGCAAGUGCCAAAGUUUUAACACUCAUUUUAUAAAAAAUCUGUGCAUCACUGUUAGCACUAGCCUCCUCAGAUUGUGUGACUCAUUUCUUACUGAGUGCUAACUAACAUGUGCCAAUCUGAGACAAAGGACUGCAUUAAACAUAUGCAUGAUCCCUCUGUGUUGCCUUGGUUAAACAUCUAUUCAUUUGUUAUCAAAUUAAUGAUCUCCACAGACCUUCUGCUCCUGUGUUACCCCUCCUCUUUAACCAAAUUAUCUCUUGCAUUAUGAAUGCAUGCCUGCGCUCCCCCACACCACUCCCUUAUUUUUCCUGUUUUUGUUUUGCUUUGUGUAGAAUCUCCCCCUCAUUUCCUGGGAAAGAAAUCUCUGUGAUUUAAGGAAAUUCUAACAAAAAAAAAAAAGAUUAAAUCUAUUAUUUUAUUUAAAAAUGAGAGAAACAAAGAGGUAACUUCUAAUAUUUAUCUGCUGCAGCUGUUGCAG